UGUUUGUCUCUUCCCAUACACUCUCUUGUAGGGCACAACCGCACAACCCUUCGAAUUAAGGGGGAGCUUAGAAAUCGAGCAUUCAUUUGCCGGUGCACGAUGAGUUUAAUUAUUGAUAUAGAAAUCGGGGAGCCAAAGCCGAGUUCGGGCCACACCACUCUAAUAUUCGGCGUCUAUAGUCUAUGUUUUCUGACCAAAAAAUGGGGAGAUGAAGUGUUUUACUUUAUCACUGUUUGCAUUUCUCUUCCUAAUCUCUUUUAUAUCAGUUUUUUCUUUUCAUUGUGUUAUUUAGAGGGAGUUGUUGAUUAUGCUUUGGAC